CGUCGUCGUUUCAACACAGCACGCAUAAAGUUUCCCCUACUCCAUCAACUAACUAGUCGCUUGUUCACAAAGACAGAACACAUAAACAGAAGAGGAGAAGAGAAAUCGAAGAAAACAAGAAAGAAUGGAAGCACCAAAGACAAUCGAGCAUCAAAUUGGAGAAGUCCAUGAUUCUCUUCGUUUCGGCCUUGAUACCAAGAGAGGCGACAUCAUUGGAUCUCACCCUCUUGAAUCUGCCUUGCUCUCUGUGGAGAAAAAUCAAGAGGACAUGAAGAGAAUAACCCUUGCAAACGCUUAUGGGGCAGCUUUUCUUGUUCAGAUGGGUAUCGAAAGGCAGAUGCUUUCUAGAUUCCGGAGGCCACCAGGACCAAUUCCAUCUUCAAUGCUUGGGCUGGAGGCUUUGACCGGAAGUUUGGAAGAUUUUGGUUUUGAGGAUUAUCUGAAUGAUCCUCGUGAAUCUGAAACUUUACGUCCAGUGGACAUGCAUAGUGGGAUGGAAGUUCGUCUUGGAAUAUCAAAAGGACCAGCCUGCAAAAGCUUCAUGUGAUCUGAUGAGCAUUUCAGCAAAGCCUUUGAUUAUUUGUACUCGAGAUAUUUGGUUAAGACGUAGGAGUAAUUUCUAUAAUGAAUUUGGCUGUGUUAAUGAACAUCGAACUCUGCAAUUUUAUGAUAAUGGCUUUGUGAUUUGGUACUCU